UCUCGUCAAGCACCUUCCCAUUUUGGAACCGGGCCUGCAUGUGGUCUGCAUCGGACGGUUCUUUAACCACGACAGCACUUAGCUUGUCGGGUUGCAGGAGCAGCAGCUUCAACAGACUUCAAACCCAGACUUCCCUCCCCCCAGCCACUUCGUCCAGCUCUUCCGGGGGAAUGCAGAAGUGUUCCCAGACCAGCCGAGAGACGUCGUCUCUCCAGCAUCGUCUGGGUCUUCCCCGGGGCCUCCUCCCGGUUUGACGUGCCCGGAAUACCUCACCAGGGAGGUGUUCAGGAGGCGAGAUGCCCGAGGAACCUCAUCUGGAUCCUCAAUGCAGAGGAGCAGCGGCUCGACUCUGUGCUUGUUCCCAAAUAAAGUGGUUAAUCAAUAUUAUUCCAAAUUCUGUCCAAGUCACUCGAAGUGACAUCAUCAGAAGAUGACAGCACAUCACCUGACACUUAUCCUGCCAUAGAAAUCUAAGCUAAUAAUCAAAUGGCCAUCACAGAUAUUUUGCCACAGCCAAGUGUGUGUUUUUGAUAUUUUUUUUCUUCUUCAAUGCUGCUAUUUGUAAAUAGAUGCCGAACGACUUACCAUUGUUCCUGUAAAAGUGACAUUUCUAUUCUAUCCUUAGAGAUAUGAUCUUUAUACCAGGUAUUAUACUGUAACUCCUCGAUGGUGACGUAUGAAAAUGGACAUGUACCAGCUGAAUCGUAAAUGGAGCAGGACUUCAAAUGUGUCAUCAUUCCUUGGUUAUAUUAGUUUGAAUAUACAUAUUUUGCUGUGUGUGUUCUAUUUGGGGCAGUGCAGUAUUUGAUACCAAAAUGACUUCAAGGUCAGAUGACAAAGAUGUGAAAAUUAUUCCUCUCGAACCCCUUUACAAACCAUAUCUGCCAUUUCGAAAUGAUUAUAUAGCAGUUAAAUCGAUAAAUAUGAUUCAGAAUGCGCCUUCUGCUUUUUGCAUGGAGCGCCUUCCGGUCUUCGGCUAUAUCCGGCUCUGUGACGUCACACUUGCCGUACUACCUGUUCCCGUCCUUGUAUGGUUUGUCGUAUGCUUUAGCGAUUUCGCGAUGGUUUAUUGUGUGGCAGUCGGUUGUACAAAUGGUUCAGGCAGCGGCAAGAGCUUCUUUGGCUUUCCAAACGAAAAAGGAAUACGUGACCAGUGGAUACGGAAAGUCAAUCGACAGGGGAAGAAACGCGGCCAGCUAUGGGUGCCUAGCAAGCAUUCCAAACUCUGCGGUGAUCACUUCGAACCGGCGUGUUUUGAGAAGGACUUAGCCGAAAGCAUCGGAUACACAGGUGUAGUUAGGCAGAGGCUGAAACCAGCUGCAGUGCCAACUAUUUUCCCUACGCCCAUAGGGACCUCAACCGCCAGCAAGAGGACUAAAUCUCACAGCCGCCACGGUGCAGCGGCGAAACGGCGCAGACAAGAGAAGCAGAGCAAAGGAGUAACAAAGGCUAAAAAGAAGAAAUUGGCCAGAGACCGAGACACAAAAAGCCUGAACUUAGGAGCUGCCUUUCAGAGGUGGAGGGACUUCAGGCAGCAGAGAGGAUUCAAAACCGAUGCAGAAUUAGCAACAUUUCUGCUUGACUGCGUUUGUACUAAGGAGGAUCGUACCUACAAGCCAGAUGACUUGAAGAAUCUGAGAGAAAACAAGCUGAAGGAAGAGCUCCAGCGCCGUGGCCUGGACACCAAAGGCCUGAAGCUGGACCUGGUCGAGCGGCUUGUGCCUGCGAUGAAGGAGGAAGCCUCGGUCAAUUCACCUGGCCGAGGGGCCGAGGAGCAGGGCAACAAAAGCACAAAGGACAAAGAUGAUAAUUGGGGAGAGGGAGAAGAAGAAAAAAGGCAAAAGCAGCAAGGUGACACACUGCUCGAGGAAAAUGAAGGCAGAGAUUCCGGUGGCUGCUACAAGGAAGAGGAUGCUGAGCCGGAGGCCGAAUGCCACCCGCACGAGAGUCAGCCGGUGUCGUACUGUGGCCACAGUGUGCCGGACUUGAGUGCCAACGCAGACCUUCCCAGAACGGCCGCCAUCACUACAAUAGCUAUCAAACUCGAACCGGACGAGGGGGAACAUGUUGACAUCAAAAAAGAAAUGAAAGAGGAGCUCAAAAUCGAGAACGCCCUAUUGCUAGUCGCCGACGCUGGGUGGACAGAGCCGAAACACAGACAAGAUGGAGCCUGUCCGACUGUGGAGGUGGAGACCGAGAGAAGCGGACACUGCGACCGAAAGCGACCGCGUGAGAACGGGGGCCACAACGACAAUGAGCACACCCAGAAGAAGAGACAGGAUGAUGACCCAAAGAAAAACUGUGCCCAGUACGUGCCUGACUGGAUAAACAAGCACAAAUUUCCUGGAAUGGCAGCAAGAAGUUAGGGCAGCGGCACAAAGUGAAGCUUCCUCGUCAGAUUAUUAUGUUCAAUAAUGUGCGGACAACAACUGUAUGCCAACAAGAAUUUUAUUCAUCAUACAAUGUCCCACUGGAUCGAGAUGAGCAACCAAGAUGAGGAUUAUGGCGGUGGACCUGGGUGCCGAGCUGCUGGGAAAGACGGUGAUCUUCCGUCGCGCAAGGAGGACGAGCUAAACCAGACGCUCGCCAGCCUACUGACUCAAGUAGCCGAUCUCACAUUCCUCACAGACACGUUAAGUGCUCAGCUGAGAGAGAUGAACAGGAAGCCGGUCUCCUUUUCUCUAUGCUCCAAAAAGUGAUUUAUUUUUUCAAAGGUGGUAUGCGACAGUAUAUUAAAACAUAAUUGUCCGAUAUAAAGCCGGAAGCUGCUACGUCACACACCGCCAACCUCUGCAAGGAGGAAGAAGUGGACAUAACAUCAGGGCUUGUGAUUUGUUAUUAGCUUGUUUUUGAAGCAACUAUGUGUUCAAUAAAGGGGAUUGCUAUUAGGGGUGCUCCGAUCAGGGUUUUAUGCUGCCGAUUCCGAUACCGAUCAUCCAUGAGUGAAAUCUGUUGAUCACUGCCGAUACCAUUCAUAUGGAUGAGCUGUAAAUGUUGCAAUUUAUGUAUGAUGAGGUGUAUAGGCUAUAUGAUCCGACAUGUUUGUUAGGGUUUGCUUUGCAGGUCCUGAGCGCUCGUGCAGUGUGAAGGGGGACGCUACACUAGGGGUCGGUGAUUAUUGG